AUGUUCUGUAUGUUCCCUUGUAAAUUAAUGAUACGUAUAUAUUUUAAAAUUAAUGAUAUUACUACGAGAAGUACCACCAGUAAUAAUAAUAAUAAUAAUAUUCAUGGCAAUUCAUUCAAGAUACGUUGCAUCUACCGACCUAUUUAUCUAUCUAUCUAUCUAAUACAAUUUGCAUUGCUUUUACCAUUUUGCAACUAUUGCAUAGGUUCAAUACAAGUUGAGAAUAAAAUCGUACGGGGGAUUGAAUAUUUUAGUCGUGUGUCUGUGAGAACUUUGUUACAACACAAACCUGUUGUAAUCAGGAUUGUUGUCGUGCUUUAUUUCCAUUUUUGGAAAGCCAAUCCAUGCGCCGCAUACUACCACUAUUGA